AUGGCGGCCAGAGGCCUAGGCCGCGACCGGAGCCUCCGUGGGGGUGUCGCCUCCCCAGCGGCCCAGGAGGAUGCAGAGGCCUGGCUCGGGCUUCCCGCCCUCCGCGCCACCUCCAGUACCCGGAGGGGCUCCUGGAGGCGGACGGCGGCGGAGCUGGAGCGGAACCUCCAUUUCCUCCAGAGGCAACUGGCGAGACCUUGGCCCAGCUCCACAGGAGAGCUUCACUACCAGCUGAUAAUGUACCCGGUCCUCCAGAAUGUUCAGGUACCGUCUGACCCCUCGGCUCCAAAACCUCUCUUGUUUUUGGGGCCUUUGCCCAGCAGCGUCUCCUGGGUUGACAAAGAUGGGCCACCAAGGACUGACUUGACCAUCGUUCUUUGCAGAUCACCCUUUUUCGAAAGACCAUCGCCGGGAUGCUUCAUUGAGGAGGAGCCCCGCGGAUCAAGCACCGGAUAUGAUCACAGAGAGGACGACUUCGUUCUCUAUGGGAAACCGCACCACCGGGGCCGCUCAGGGCGCAAGACCUCCCGUCAUGCCAAGGUAGCCACAGAAGAAGAUUCGAGCUCAGGCGGCUUCUCGGGUCUUGAGGAAGUAGAAGGCAAAGAGACGCAUCCCAAGACCUCUGCAGAUGUGUCCAGCCUGGAAGAGGAAGGAGCCAGGGACACGCCAGAUGAAGACAGAGACACCCCAAAGGAAGACAGAGACACUCCAAAAGAAGACAGAGACACUCCAAAGGAAGAUGGAGUCGCCCCGAAGGAGGUCAUGGCCCCGAUCCCUGAGCCAAAGGAGACCCCAACCAAGGAGAAGCCUCACAGCCCCCGUGUCAGCAUUUUGGGACCUCCCCACACGCUGCGCCCUCCCUGCAAGGAGACGGAGGUGUGCGACCAGACCACCUCCCCAAUACUGCCGCCUUCGCCAGCCCAGAGCCGCGCCGAGGAAGUGAAGAUCCCGGCGGCGUCCUCCAACCCAUUCCUGGCCAGCGUCCUUCCUUCCUGCAUGCGGAAGCCCCCUACUCUCGAGGAAUGCGAAGCGGUGAUCCGCCAGCUGUGGAACAUCAACCACAUGCAGAUGCAGGAGCUGAUGUAUUUGAGAUCCUGUUUGGACGACAUCUACAGGACCAGGAGAAUUCCCGAAGAUUACAUGCUGGCCGGACACAUCGGGAACUCACAAACCACUCGGUUGCCCCGGAUGAAGAACGCUCCUAAGCAAUGCAGGUUGCUGAACCCACUGCCGGCGGCCGAGAGAUCCGUCCUGCCGGCCCUGAAGCAGACGCUGGGCAACACCUUCGCCGAGCGGCAGAAGCGAGCGCAAGCCAUCCAGCGCAAGAGGCUCAACCGGCCAGCAUAUUAGACCUCCGAAUCCCACCAUCAGCCUCAGAGGGUCUGGACUACUGCCGUUGGAAGUUUCUCGCCUCCCCAGCUCUCAAACGAAGGUGGCUUCUCCCCCUUGUUCCCUCUCCCUUUUUCGUCCUAGGUUUCAUGCUUACCUCUUUUGUUUACUGUGGAAAAGAAAGAAACCCCACACAACCACAA